AUUGAGUGUUCUUUCUUUUCCUUGUCAAGAAGGUUCUCCAACGAAAUCAAUAUUACUAUUACAACUUUUAUUUGUAAAACGAGCAAUAUAUCUACACGAAGAUGGCUGCGAGACUUUUCAGUGAUUUAAGAGAACUUAUGUCACAGGGAGAUAGUUCUGUGUCUGCUUUUCCUAUUGACGACACUAUGAGACACUGGACAGCCACAAUCAAAGGAGGCCAGGGAACGGUAUAUGAUAAACUAGAUUAUAAGUUGAGCAUAGAGUUCCCUGAGAAAUAUCCCUAUGAACCCCCAACUAUAAAAUUCAGCACGCCAUGUUACCAUCCUAAUGUCGAUACACAGGGAAAUAUAUGUCUAGAUAUACUCAAGGAAAAAUGGAGUGCCUCAUAUAAUGUUAGAUUAGUGUUGUUAUCCAUCCAAAGUCUACUAGCAGAUCCUAAUUUAGAUAGCCCUCUUAAUGCUCAAGCAGCUGAGCUAUGGAAAAACAAAAAAGAAUAUGCAAAAACUGUUGUGGAACGUUAUGAGAAAGAUAAACUAAAGGAGUUAAACAAAUAAGCACUAUUAUUAGUAUGAUAAUGUAUUUUUACUGUACAAUAUUACAUACUAAUGUAAAAAAUACAAUAUUAUAUCAUCUUUUUAUUUCUGUCAUAGUCAAACCAGCUCAUGCGUUCCUAUCAAGGUUCCAAGAUUCAUUUCAUUAUUUGGAAGUUUGAUUUCCAUCCUGCUUUGAAGCUUGCAUUAAUAAAACGAACGUUGCUAAUUUGAAUUCUAGGCUCGAAUUAAAAGUUUAUUUAGUUCUUCACAGAUUCAUGCAAAAUUAUUUCAGCAUUUGUAGCUACCAUUUUAAAAGUUAUUUGUUUGGUGUGCAGUUUUGUUCAAAAAACCCUUUCACAAAUGAACAUUUUGAUGCUUCGAGGCAAUGAAAGACUGAGAUUGAAAUUUACAACAUUCAUUUCAUUAAAUGCAAGCUUCAAAGCAAGAUGGAAAUCCAACUUCCAAUAAUAGAAAAUGAGCUGAUUUAACUGUAAAUAUGAUUUUAAGAUAUUGAUUUAAGCAUGCAGCGGUGUAUAGUGUAAACUAUGUACUAUAUUUUUUUGUCGUGUAAAUUGCUUCUAGCCUGAACAGAGUUGAGUUUUAUAAAAUUUCAUUGACCAGUACAUUGUACUAGGUUUUGUAAUAUUAGUUUUAUCGAAGUCAUACCUCAUUCUUAGGCCCAGUGUACUGUUCAAAACAACAGGCAAGGCAAAGAGUUGCAUUAUCCUAAGUUUACCUUGCUCUGCUGAUUGUUUCAAUGCUUCAGCUCAGCUCUUUUUCUUUCUUYAAACAAAAUGUAAUACUCUUGCAACAUUUAGCCUUUUUAUAAUGACUUACAAGUUUAAUUCUAAAGAAUGUAAUUAGUAUAUACAGUAUAACGAUGAUUAGUAUAAUAAACCAUAUUUGUUAGUAAAAAAGAGUAAGUUAGCA